AUGCUCCUCAGAAACCCGAUCCUCCAGGUCGCGGUCGUGCAGCUGGCAGGGCUGCUGGCCUCGCCUUCACAGGGGCACAUGGCCGUCCACGCCGGCCAAGAUGGCCACUGCCCGACCUUCGGCGCCGUGCUGCCGGCGCCCAAGAGCCCCGGCAAGCACGAGGCCGUCGCGGCGGCAAAGGCCGGGGUCAAAGCGUUCCUCGACCGGCUCACGGCGGACUUCAACAGCUCCUCACUUUCCGUGGCCGUCAAGUCGAUCCACGAGCCCGGGAACCUGUUCGAGUACCACUACACGCCCCCGAACCUGGAUGCCAGGGGCGUCCAGAGGGUUGACGGCAACUCCGUCUACCGCAUCGCCAGCGUGUCCAAGAUCCUGCCCGUGAUGGCGCUACUCCUCCUCGACGGGGUCAGGCUGGAGGACCCAGUCACCAAAUACCUCCCGGAACUCAACAAGCUUAACGAGCAGCCGGCCGAGAAGGACGAGUUGACCACCGUGGACUGGGACGACAUUACGCUGGAGGCGUUGGCCUCCCACAUGGCCGGCAUCUCCCCCGAGUACGACUUUGAUCUCGUGCAAUUCCCGAGCCUGAACCCAGAGACCGUGGGUUUGCCUGCACGCAGCCCAGAGCCGCUGCCGGGGUGUUCGGGCUUCAUGGGCCAGCGGCCCUGUACCGCCAAAGAUUUCUAUGACCACUUUGGCAAAGCCCCGCCCGUUUAUGCCCCGUUCAACUCCCCGGUUUACUCCAACGUCGCCUUUGGCAUCAUCGGGUUCGUGGUGGAGAAAAUUUCGGGCAAGUCGUUUGCAGACUUCACCAAGGAGAAGAUCCUGGACCCCCUCGGCAUGAACAACACUUACGCCACGAAGCCUGACGAUUCCCUUGGCGCCAUUCCUCCCGGGGAUACCUGGUGGAACGGAACCCUCGGAUUUUUGCUGCCGACUGGAAACUACUACUCGUCCACAACGGACCUCAACGUCCUCCUCGACGGCAUCCUGACCAACAAGCUCCUCAGCCCCGCCAAGACGCGUCGGUGGCUCAAGCCGCUGGUGUCGACCUCGUCGACGGGCGCCAUGGUCGGCGCGCCGUGGGAGAUCUACCGGGCCGACAACGCGACGGCGGACCAGCGCCUGAUCGAGGUCUACACCAAGUCGGGCGGGCUUACGAGCUACGGGUCCCUCGUCAGCCUCAUCCCGGACUACGGCCUGGUCAUGUCCAUCCUGGCGGCGGGCCGCGAGGCGAUGGACCCCAUCACCGUGGUGGGCGGGACCCUGGUCAAGGCGAUGCUGACGGGCCUCGAGGCGGCCGGCAAGGACGAGGCGCGCCCGCGCUUCGCUGGCACGUACCGCGACGAGGCCACCAACUCGACCCUCGUGCUCGAGCUCAACGCCACCGACCCAACCCCGGGCAUCUCGGCUCCCGUCCUCAUUUCCCGCGGCGUCGACCACCUGGCCGUCCGCCUCGGCAUCGUGCUCGACGGGCCCGCGCCCGACCCGGCCACCGUGCCGCGCGCGCGCCUGCGCCUGUACCCGGCCGGCCUGGGCAACGCGCGGCGCGAGGCCUGGCGCGGCGUGAUCGGCGGGCUGACGGCCGAGCAGGAGGGCGCUUUCAACGUGCUGUUCCCCUGGCCGCAGACGGCGUGCCAGACCUGGGGCUUGACGGGCCGGCCGGCGUGGGAGCUGCAGGCGCUCGACUCGUUCGUCUUCAACCUAGGCGCCGACGGGGCCGCGACCAGCGUCGAGCUGCCGGCCUUUAAGAUUAAGCUGAAUAGGGUGUAG